AUGCAGCUACUACGAAAGCCCCUCACAUCUAUCGCUCGAGCGAAAUCGAUACUACCGGCGAGUCGCACGCUACUACAACAAAAUACUGCCACUCGCACCUUUAGAAGUUCAUCACGAUAUCAUGCCGCGCUCCUCCCACCUCUGAACCUCCCCAAAUGGCUCUCCGAGAAUUCCCAUCUGCUCAAGCCUCCAGUCAACAACUUCUGCGUCUACAACGAUCCUCUCACAGUCAUGGUUGUCGGCGGCCCGAACGCGCGAACAGACUACCACAUAAACACAACACCCGAAUUCUUCUACCAAUACAAAGGCCGCAUGCUCUUGAAAACGAUCCAAAACAUCGACGGAGUCGAGACUUUCAAAGAUGUGUACAUUAACGAAGGCGAGAUGUUCCUCUUGCCAGCAAAUACUCCGCAUAAUCCCGUACGGUUUGCGGAUACCGUUGGAGUGGUGAUUGAACAGCCCAGACCCGAGGAUAGCUUGGAUCGACUGAGGUGGUAUUGUCAGAAUUGUGGGACGAAGGUACAUGAGGCGGCUUUUCAUUGCACGGAUUUGGGGAGUCAGAUUAAAGAGGCGGUUAAUGCUUUUAAGGCUGAUGAGCAGAAGAGGAAGUGUGGGAAGUGCGGGGACAUUUGUGAUACUGCGCCGAAAGAGGAGGCUAUAGAGGCUAUGCGGACAGGAUCGUGA